AUGGCGGAAGCAUUCGCGCAUGCGUCCCUGCCGCCGCGUCGCCUGCUGGCCGCCUGCGGUUUCGCCGCGAUGGCCUUCGCAACCCCUUUGCUGGCGUAUGGAACUGAAGGUGACAGAGCACCGCAGAGGAGCCCUGAAGCAGCCACCAGCCCCUCUUUUUCUGAAGGUCGGCUGAUGAUGCGAAGGGGAGGCGCUCGCAGCGCCGAGGGCGCACAGAAGGACGCUGACCCUCGCGCGGCAGCGAAGCUGCGUCCGGAGGACGCGGUGAACCAGUUGAUGGUAGAGCUCCUGGAAGACAACGCAGAGUAUCAAGCGCUUCAGCGACGUCGCCACCUGGAGAACAUUGUUAAGCGCUAUGCGGAUGAGGAGUCGGUGCACGUCGAGGACCACGCGCUUUUUCAGAAGGAGCGCCAACGCCUUCUUCGCCUCGACAAGAGAUGGAACAUGUGGGUGACUCUUCUGGGGACGACUCUUCUACUGACGCUGGCCGCCUCAGGUUCCGCACUCUUCCGCGAACACUUUUACGGCGAAUGGCAAGACACGCCCGCGGAGCGUCUCCACGAAAAGUUCUUGACUCAACUCCUGUGGGCGACGGCUUUCUUGAGCGCCCUCGUGAGCGUGUUCGCCAACUGGAGACGACAGCGAACCAACAAGAAAUUCACCGAGCAGGGCGCACGCCUUGAACGCAUGACCUACGAGGCAGGCGCUGGCGUCGACCCCCAGCGUGAGCCGCUGCUCGGUCCCACCGCUGAGGACGAGAAGCGACACCAGAGGGAGAUGAGGAAACGCGCAGCGACGGAACAGCAGUGA